AUGGAUCCUCCAGAAACAGAUUUGRAACCUAGUAAUAAGAAGCUAGAAGUGGUAAAAGAAGAUGGACCCUCCUUCCCUUGUGAUCUUUAUGAUUCAGAAGUAGUGCAUAAAAUAGCACAAAUCCUCCUACCAGGAUUGGCCACAGCUUGUGUUGACAACACAACAGGUGAUAUCUUCAGGGGUCCUGCCUUUGUGGCUGUUGAUAUGAGAAAGGAAAUGGUUGACUAUCUUACCCAGAGAAGUGAAACAUUUAUUGCAGAAGCUGUGAUCCAAAAUGGUGAGACAGAUAUGGAAGCUUCUGAACAUCCUACAGACAUUAUUUCGGAUUUCAUAGAGGAUUUUGCGAGUUCAAAAAGGAACUUGUUAGGUCGUGUUUCAAGUUGGCUAUUGAGUGAAAGGAGGGAAGACAAGAUAGAUGACUUUGUGCAAGAGAUGGAAUUGAAUGGGUUUUGGUUGUUGGAUAGAAGGCAAGCCAUUGCACAGACCCUGCUCAAGAAUGUUGACUUCAAGAACACAUACCACUGUAAUAUGAAAUUUGUUACUGCUGAAGAGCUUGCUGAGCAUACUGGUCAGUGCAUUUUUAGGUGUAUGGACUGCACUAGUGAGGGUUGUGAUGCUAGCUUUUGUGCAGUGCACUUGGAAAAGCAUGAAUCAGUCUGUCCCUUCAAAAUCCUUCCGUGUGAGCAGAAGUGUCACGAGUACCUUGCGAGGCGUGAGAUGGAUAGGCAUUGCAUAACUGUUUGCCCAAUGAAACUUGUUAACUGCCCUUUCUACAUAGUGGGUUGUCAAUCAACAAUUCCUCGCUGUACAAUUGAACAACACCGUCUAGAGUUUCUCGUUUCUCACAUGAAGUGUAUUCUCCAACGUAUUCACAAGGAAGCAUCUGAGGAGGAUCUGAAGCAUCGGGCACAACUUAUGGGAAAGUUAGAUCCUGAACGAUUAUCAGAAGCUCAGGAUGCAAGAUCUCUAACUUUCGUAGUCAAGGAUCUAGACGCAAAGAUGGGACCUGUAGAACAUGUCACUGCCAGUAAGGUUGAUGAGGAGUCCAUGGAGACUGCGAGUAAGGUUGGUGAGGAUCCUAUGGAGACUGUAAAUGAGCCAAAAGAUAUUCCACAGGAGGUAGAGAGCCAAACUCAGCCCUCUCAAAAAGAUGUCAAUUCGAGUAUCAAAAGAGAAGAUGCUGACUCACAAAGGGAAUCAUGA